AUGUCAAUUUUUCAAAAUACAUGCAAAUCUCACUGGUUCAGCCAGGAUUGUUGUCUAUGGCUUGGUGAAUUUUUAGUCACAACUGUCACUGGUUCAGCCAGGAUUGUUGUCUAUGGCUUGAGACAUGAGGAGGAGCAUCAUUGGGAACAAGUACCCAUAAUUGCACUUACUGCUCAUGCAAUGAUUGAGGAUCGUGAAAGACGUAUUGACGCCGGGAGGGAUGAGCAUGUUACCCAACCUUUGAGAAAAGCAGAUUUGGAUGCAUCAAUGAGUCGGUCUAGUCCUAAAAAGAUGUCAACAUCAGCCAACACGGACGAUCGAAUCAGUAAUAAACUCGUCGAUCAUUCACUCGCUGUUAACCAAUUUCCAAUCGAUCAUCUGAUAAACUAUUUAAAUCAAUUAUUACCUCUAAUCAUCAGUGCAACUCCAGAUCAAUUGUCUUCUUCUCCCAUCUUCACUGCACCCGAUUCACUUGAUAGGUUAUAUAAAAUCGGAACGAAUCAAAAUUGUAGGGCAACUUACCUUUCCAAAACUCGAGAACAGCAACUUGCCCCUCAAUCAACUUUAAAUCAAGUCGUCACAGGGACUGAACAAGAUGCUACAUUCGCAUUCGUCUAUACCUUCAAGACUGAAAUCGAUUAUACUUCAACUACCGUCACCACUCUAGCUUUCAUCAAACGUGUACCUACUCUCGAUUGUUCUAGACCUCUCGAUUAUCAACUCCAUUUUCUAAACCUCUUUGGUCCAGCAUCCAAUCAACUUCCUAUUGUCAGUACUGCUUCUUCGACCACUGAACUUACCAAAGACACGAGUAAAGAACCUACAAGUACUGCUACUACUGCUACCGCCUCUUCAAAUCCAUACGAGGAACUUCAUAACUUGGUACAUCUAGCCGUCGCGCCUUUCUUUGAUGCCUACGUCAGUAACAAGAACCGUUCCAAAAAUCUAAGUGAUGGAGGCACUAAUCAAAGUAUCAGUAACUUUGCUGGUGCAGCUUCUAACUCAUCACAAGCUGGAAACACAAACAGCAGUUCUAAUGGUCCAAAUCCAUCGACCGGGGCUAAUGCUACGAGUAAAUCGGCAGGGAACAAAGAUAGUGAUACCAAGAUGGGUAUCCCGAUGGCGAAGAAGAAAAUUACAGAAAUCACCUUAAUUAUUCACCCCAGCAUUCUCAACGUGAUAGAUCGCGCUCGAAGAGAAGAUCCAGACGCGAUGAGACAUGGUAACAAUAUACAUUUCAUGUUAGAAUUGCUCGAUCCAAGUUUACUCAAAGAUGACAAAUUCCUCAAUAAGUUGCAGUCGUUGGUCAACACUUGGAUCAAGGAAAUUCAAAACGUCACCAAUCUAUCACGAGAUGUUGAAUCUGGAACUGCAUCUCAGGAAAUCAAUUUUUGGCUUUCAAUGGAGAAAGCCCUGCAAGGCGUGGAGGAACAGCUUCGAUCGGAGCCUAUUACUUUGACUUUGGAUAUUCUCAAGACAGCAAAGCGAUAUCACACAACCGUUUCUUUUUUGGCCGACACUGGCUUGAAACAAGCUAGCGAUAACGUCCACAAGUACAAUGUCCUCAUGAAUGAUUUUCCCUUGAAUGAACUUUUGGCCGCUACGGAUCUCGGCAAGAUUCAAGAGUCACUAGUUCAGAUAUUUAGCCAUAUUAACAAGAAGCUCAAAAUUUCCCCUUAUCCUAUUCGACGGGCUCUUCCUCUGGCGGAAGCGAUCUCAAAAGAUCUUACCGAGUCGCUCUUGAAGGUUUUGACAAGUCACAGGCUGAUGUAUACAGAAUAUUCGACUUUCUCCAAAAUUAUGGCCGCUACAGCUUCCGUUUGUCAAACAUGGGAAGAACAAAUUAAGGAUUUCACUACAAUCGCUAGGGAAUUGACAUGCAAGAGGAACGAAAAAUUUAUCCCGAUCAAAAUCAAUGCCUCACAUCUUGAACUCAAAGAACGAUGCGAGUACCUGAAAGGUUUUAGAAAACAACACAAACAGUUGAAGAUCAUGACCGGGCGUGAUCAAGGUAUCAGUACAUUUGAUCUUGGCGCGACGGGACCGACAGGCGAACGGAGAACUGAGGGUACGCAAAUUAGUGGACUUAUGGACCUUGAUAUGGAGGAGGAAGCUAGAGCGGCUUACAAGAGUGUUAAGAAUGUUGAGGUUCUUGAUACUUCGCCUGAAAAUCAGAUUAUCUCAAGGCUACGCGCAAGGCUACCAUCAGCUCGAAAUGCAACGGAGAUGUUUCGGGUUUUCUCCAAGUCCAAUGCUUUGUUUGUACGGCCGAAAAUUCGCGGAGCCAUACAGGAAUAUCAAACUCAACUUAUCGAGUCGGUGAAAGAAGAUGUUGGUCGAUUACACGACAAGUUUCGAACCCAGUAUCGUCACUCAGAGGCUUAUCCAAUGUCUCAGCUGCGCGACAUUCCUCCGGUUGCAGGAGCCAUUAUAUGCGCUAGGCAAAUUGAACGCCAGAUGUUAACGUACAUGGGUCGGGUCGAAGAUGUCUUGGGUGUAGGAUGGGAAAAUUACGCCAAAGGCUCAAGACUUGCGAAUGAUAGUAGCAAUUUUCUCAAGAAACUUGACACUAAACCGAUCUUCAAACAGUGGGUCAAAGACUGGAACAAGCGAGAUAUGAGUAUCAAUGGCCCGAUUUUUGAAAUCCAAAGGAACAGGUCAACCGGGAUUUAUAUGUUGAUUGUUGCCUUUAACCCGGACGUGAUUGUCAUCUUCAAGGAAGUUCGGAAUCUCUCGUGGCUAGGAUACAAUGUCCCUUAUCAACUUACUUCGAGUGCUAAGGACGCCAAGAAAGUCUAUCCGGACGCUGUUAGCUUGAUGGAAUCCAUCCGGACUUAUGCUCAGACAUUGGCCAAGGUGACCGAUAUAAGUGGAAUUGCAGAUCUAGUAGCUGAUUAUUGUAACAAUCUGUGUCAAAUGAUCUCUCGUGGUUUGAAUAUGAGAUGGGAGGAUUUCGUCGGUACGAUGCUCGACAGUGCCGUGGAGGAGAUCGAGAUACAUUUAGCCAACAAGGUUGGGAUCUUUCAAGAACAAACCGACGAUCUUUUGAUCAUGUAUGAGGACUUGCUAAAAGUCAUCAAUGAGCUCGGGUCUUGUGAAUACAAAGCCAAUGUAUUUGCUGUCUUGUUGAGCAAGAUACAGAAAACGAUUGAUGGCUUGAGUGUCAUUGGUCAUGUAAACUUACAAGAAUGGACUAAAGAGAUCGACUGUAAAAUCAAAAAUGUGUUCUUACGUCGACUCGAAAAUGUUAUUCAAGUCUGGAAUCAGCACUUUGACGAAAAAGCCAAGCGAGCUACUACCACGGGUCAAGUUGAAAACACCACAGUGAAUACUGCCAAGAAAUCAGUCCACUUCAAUCUCACGAAUCCUCCUAAUAAAGGCACAAACGAAGGGAAAGCAAACACAAAGGUCAUGGAAUCCAACUUUCAUGUUCUUCCGCUCGCACACGAGAUCAGGAUCCGCAAUCAAGUUAUCUAUCUUGACCCACUGAUCGAGGCUGCGCGGGCGAAUUGGUACAAGCAACUUCAUCAAUGGCUUGACGUAAUUUGUAAUUUGCCAAGGAUUCAAAGUCAAAGAUAUGACCUGGGACUCAAACUUCGAAUCGAGGAUACGGUUGACAAUACUUAUCUUUCAUUAAUGGGUAAAUUUAGUGAAGCGGAACUUCAACGACCAUAUGCGUUGAUCAAAGAAAAGGGGAAAGAAAUCUCACGCUACCUUUGCAAAUGGCUGCAAUUUCAGUCACUCUGGGAUUUGGAGGCAGACUAUCCUUACGGGCGUCUGGGCGAAUCAUUAUCGGCUUGGCAACAGGCGCUGUCCAAAAUUCAAAAGACUCGUUCGACUUUUGAUAAUUCGGAAUGUUUACAAGACUUUGGUGUUUGUGUGAUUCACUACGAGCAGGUUCAGGCAAAGGUUGAUGCAAAAUACGACAUGUUGCAAAAAGAUGUACUCGUUAGAUUUGGUGCGAAAUUGGGGGCUGUCAUGAGAGAUACUCAUACUGUGAUCACCAAAUCAAGGCAUGAUCUGGAACACCAUUCAAUCGAGACUUCUUUAACCGCCCAAGCGGUCACAUUUAUCAUCUUUGUACAAGAUCUGAAUCGCAAAGUCAAGAAAUGGGAACCUGACAUCAAGAUCUUUGGUAGCGGUGAGAAAACUUUACACCAACAGCAUAUCAAUUCCCAGCCAAUUGGUUGUAUGUCGACCAGAUCGAGGGCGAGUGGAAUGUUUUCAAUGAGUUGGAAGGAAAAAUUUGGCUAUUCAAGAGCAGAUUGUCUGUUUCACCUUCCCUCAAAACUUGAAAUGUUGUCUUUGCAGCAUGCCAAUUCGAAUCAAGAACAAAACUUAGGAUCUAGCAUAUCGGAAUAUGAUCUCAAUUCUCAAGACGAACUUCAAGUCGUCGAAGAAGUGAAUGAUAGCCUAACCGAAUAUCAUUCUUUGCCUAAUAUUCCAAAUAGUUUGAGCUAUGAUGCCCAAUCAGAUACUGUUGCUGCUUCUGCUUCACCUGGUUUCUUGGGUAUUGAUUUUGAUGGUGAAGAUGAUGAUUGGUUUGAUAAAGAAUUAUCAUCCAAGUGCACAAACUCACAACACAGUAAGAAUGUGAUCCGGCUCUUGAUUAAGGAUGGGGUCGACUCUGUUACUCACUUUGAGUGGCUUCAUCACAUGCGCUUCUACCUUGAUGCAUCUGUGUUGAAACCUACAGAGCGAUUAUCGAUCCAAGUGCCCAAUGCUGUGUUUCCUUAUGGUUUUGAAUAUCUUGGCGUACCCGACCGACUUGUUCAAACACCUGUGACGGACCAUUGUUAUCUUACACUCACCCAGGCUCUCCACAGCAGAUUAGGAGGUUCACCUUUUGGAGCGGCAGGUACAGGUAAAACCGAGUCGGUCAAAGCACUGGGUGUUCAGCUCGGACGGUUCAUUCUAGUCUUUUGUUGUGACAAAACGUUUGACUUUCAGGCCAUGGGUCAAAUCUUUGUGGGACUCCGUCAAGUUGGAGCUCGGAGUUGUUUUGACGAGCUGAAGCCAACAGAUGAACCCACAGACGUCUCCGAUACUUGUGCCGACCAGGAGAUCUUGAUUCAAAGUGUCACAGAGACCUUCAUGCCCAAACUGGUGGCAGACAGUGUAUCAUUGUUGACCAGUCUGUUAUCUGACGUUUUCCCUGGGGUCGAAUAUCUUCCCAGCGAUCUUGAUAAGCUCAAGGAACACAUUGCAGCAGUGGCUGCCAAACACCAUCUAGUUGUGGGCGAUGUAUGGGGUCACAAAGUGGUCCAAUUCUACCAGAUUCAGAACAUACAGCAUGGUCUGAUGAUGGUUGGUCCCACGGCAACCAGGAAAAGUCAAGCUUGGCGUGUCCUCCUCAUAAGGUUAUAUCUUUCCUUUGAAAGCUAG